UUGCGUGCUGCCCUCCCGAACUGAUGAGUAUUAAUAGGGGAGCUACUUCAGCUGGAGCGAACAGUAGUGACCUUCAUCUCAUCUCACGCACGAAACUGGGAAACUAGCCACAUUGCACCAUGGCAAAAGCUCUCUUUGGUUUACUGCUCACUUGUUUUUUUCUGGAAGCCAUGACUGCUUCAUUUAAGGGGGAAGAGCCUUGCUCCCUGGAUGUUGCUGUCCUGAUAGAUGUGUCACGAAGCAUGGACAGUAAAGAACGAGGUCAGCUAACCGACAUCUUCAAUAAGAUUGUGGACAAAUUGAGAGUAUCUCCAACAGGGAGUCACAUGGCCCUUAUAACCUUUGGAUCGGAUGCCAAGAGCAGUUUUACAUUUGCAGACAGAAAUUACCACAAUGCCGACACCAUAAAAGCAAAGGCAGCGGAGGCAAUAUCUUAUGUACCGAAACAUGACGGAACCCGUACAGACCUUGCCGAAGACCUGGCAGUGAAAGAAGUGUUCACCAGCAGUGGAGGAGACCGACCCAGUUUCGGCAAUGCAAUGGUUAUUCUUACAGAUGGAAAAUUUUGGAUUAAUGAAACAUGGGAUAAAAGGGCAGAAAUUGACUUCAAUGUCACAACGCGAAACUUGAAGGUGAAAAAAUGUAACAUUGAAUUUAGCAUUGUUCAAGGUUUGUUUCAGCUAAUGUUAGGGAUGUUAAUAUCAGCGCUAUUUUAACUCACUCCUCUCGCAUGGAAAUGAUGUUUUAAGAAAAAAAUUAGACCUACCCUAACACUCAGCACUCUUCUUCGUUCACCUUCUUCAUUUUCUAUCAGCUUCUUGAAAUACCUUCCAUUUUAGAAAACUAGCUCAUAUUCAUUGGGAAGGUCGUCAUUAAGGGUAUGUUACUCGGAGUAUACCGACUUUAUCAAGUAAAGCCACAUGUUAUGAAUAACUUUCAGUGCGAGUAUAUGUCCUGGGAAUACCUCGGCACUGAAAAUCGAAAGUUAAGCCAUGGGGUUUACCUACCAGAAGACCCGAGAACAGAGGAAGGAUAAUUAUAAAUUUUUCUUUUCUUAGAGAAGAGGGGUGAUAAUAAUCGUCGCAGGUAUCGGUAGUGAAUUAUCCAGAGAUGAU